CCAUUAGAGUUGCAGCUGUUUGGGGAGAAACAUCAACAAAAACGGACUAACUGACAGUACGCUCCCAGCCCGACAACGAGGCCUUGAAGUCUGGAAGCGUAACCUUCAUUUCCCACCCGGAGCUCCGUCGGCUUCUAACCACGGCCGCUCUCGGUGAGGAAACUCUGGCCUCCGCUUCCUCCUCCUCCGACUCGGACACCGGCGGAGCGUCGCCGCCCCCGCGGAAGAAGCACCGAGCCUCGGCGGCGGAGGGAGCAGGAGAGCCCGGGGCUUCAGCAGUUGGAACAGGCCUCUCURGUGUUGUCUUGGGACUUGCUACACACUCUCAAACCACCUCGGCCAUCCACUUCAACCGAAGUGUCGUUAACAACCUUAGCAGCAGUAUGCAGUCGAACGGGGCAGGACAGGGACAAGAAUCCGCGGAGCUUCCCUGCCUAAACAGCGCACAAAACGGGGAGUCUUCUUCGGUUGGUGGUAGCGGUGGAGGAGCCCAUUCCAAUGGGCUUCUGUCCAACACAGACAACAGUAACGGUGUCGGUACCAGCAACGGCUCUUCAGUCGGGCCCUGUUCGGGGACUUCGACAUCGGAGGUCGGCUCGCUGAAGAAGAAGAAACGACUAUCGCAAGCGGAGGAAGAUGUCAUACGAUUAAUAGGGCAACAUCUCCACGGAUUGGGGCUGAAGCUGAGAACGAUCUCAAUGAACUGAGAGCGCUGAUGCAUUCUCCAAAUGCUAUUGUGCGCAUGAAGUUCCUACUGCUGCAACAGAAGUACUUGGAGUAUCUGGAGGAUGGCAAGGUGCUGGAGGCUUUGCAGGUCCUCCGAGGAGAGCUGACACCACUCAAAUACAACACAGAUCGCAUCCACGUACUCAGCGGGUACCUAAUGUGUAGUCAUGCUGAGGAUCUUAGGGCCAAGGCAGAGUGGGAGGGCAAGGGCACAGCUUCACGCUCCCGGCUGCUGGAUAAAUUACAGACCUACCUGCCGCCCUCUGUGAUGCUGCCUCCUCGACGACUGCACACUCUGCUGCGGCAAGCCUUGGAGCUGCAGAGGGAUCGUUGUCUUUAUCAUAACACCAAGCUGGAUAAUAACCUGGACUCGGUCUCCCUUUUGCUCGAUCACGUUUGCAGCAGGAAGCAGUUCCCCUGUUACACCCAGCAGAUUCUGACAGAACAUUGUAAUGAAGUGUGGUUCUGCAAAUUCUCAAACGACGGCACCAAACUAGCUACUGGCUCCAAAGACACCACAGUCAUAAUCUGGCAAGUGGACCCGGAGAGCCACCAGCUGAAGCUGCUUCGAACUCUGGAGGGUCAUGCAUACGGAGUGUCCUACCUGGCCUGGAGUCCUGAUGACACCUACCUGAUCGCCUGUGGACCUGACGAUUGCUCCGAGCUGUGGCUCUGGAAUGUUCAGACGGGGGAGCUGCGGACCAAAAUGUCCCAGUCCCACGAAGACAGUCUUACGAGCGUGGCCUGGAAUCCUGAUGGCAAACGUUUUGUCACUGGAGGGCAAAGGGGGCAGUUUUAUCAAUGUGACCUGGAUGGGAACUUGUUAGAUUCCUGGGAGGGSGUGAGAGUGCAGUGCCUGUGGUGCCUGAGCGAUGGCAGGACAGUGCUGGCCUCAGACACCCACCAGCGUAUCCGGGGCUACAACUUUGAGGACCUCACGGACAGAAACAUAGUCCAGGAGGACCACCCAAUCAUGUCGUUUACCGUUUCAAAGAACGGGAGAUUAGCUUUGUUAAAUGUAGCAACUCAGGGAGUGCACCUGUGGGAUCUUCAAGAUCGGGUGCUAGUGAGGAAGUACCAAGGUGUGACCCAGGGCUUCUACACCAUCCACUCCUGCUUCGGAGGGCACAAUGAAGACUUCAUUGCCAGCGGCAGCGAAGACCACAAAGUGUACAUCUGGCACAGACGUGGUGAACUUCCUAUCGCUGAGCUCACAGGCCAUACACGCACCGUUAACUGUGUGAGCUGGAACCCGGCCAUCCCGGGCCUCAUGGCUUCUGCCUCAGACGACGGCACUGUGCGCAUCUGGGGUCCGGCUCCGUUUCUCGACUCACAGGAGACAGAUGGACUCAACGAAAAUUGCAGCAACAUGGACAGUUGAUGGUCACUUACUGAGCUGAUGACAUCUCUCUUUGACAACAAUCUGAGAAUCCCACAACACAACAAAAUCUAAACAGGCAACCAAAUCAAACCCCACCAGAAAGCAAGCGAUACCAAUAAAGUGUCACCUAAACAACAAGAAUACAAAAUUGAGCAAAAUUUGGCUCCUGACUGGCCAAGAUAAAGUGGUGGACGUGAUGAAGGGACAUCCUUGGAAAUUCAUGUCCCCGUCCUAAAAAAACAAAACAAAAAAUAAAUGAAAUCCGAUCCCAGCCUUGAGACCUGGAAAACCAGUCUGAGUCCAGCAGGAUCCUGCUCUGGUGAGCCGCUAACGGCCGUUCUACUUGCUUCUAACCGACCCUUCCUCCUCCAUUUUACGUCACCAUCAUCAGACGUGUUGGAUCUUCACAAGUAUCUGAGGAAACCCACCUCCACCUUGAGCGUGGAGCACAUAGGUUCUCGUGGCGCCUCCAGACAGAGCAGCCGUCUCCUCAUUGGACUACAAAUGUCUGCUUGCUUGUCUGUGACGUUACCUGUGUGAUGUCUUCAUACACCUGGGUGGGGGAGUUGUUGCGGGAGGACGGUGCAUAGGGGGAUAUAGAAACUCUCUUGUAUGUAUGUUUUUCUCCCACCCCYUCCUCAUACUUGCUAUGUUCCUUUUAUAUUCAAUAAUUUGGACAAAAGCUGAAAAUCCACUAGAAAACACUGACCAACCAGCUGACAAAGAACACAAAUAGGCUAUGCUAACUGUUGGAAAUAUUUUUUAUGAUAGUCAUAGUGUUUGUUCUCAUUGAAGAGGUGAAACUUAGCUCAUGCGGUGCCCAUGGAAAAACUUCAUCGGGAAGACCCCCCCCCCCCAACUUUA